AUGGCUGGAAGGAAUGACGCUGCGAUGGCUGCCGCAAUGCAAGCGAUGGCACAAGCUGUGCAGAACUUGCCAAACGCUGGUGGAGAUGCUGGAUCACGUAGCUUGGCGACUUUUCAGAGAGAGAAUCCGCCGGUGUUUAAAGGGAAGCAUGAUCCUGAUGCAGCCUUGGGAUGGUUGAAAGAGAUUGAGAGAAUCUUCCGUGUUAUGGAUUGCACUCCAGCUCAGAAGGUUCGGUAUGGUACUCACAUGCUAGCAGUCGAAGCUGAUGACUGGUGGCUGGAGACUCACGAGAGAUUGACCGCGGCAGGUGAAGUCAUUACUUGGGAUGUAUUCCGUAGGGAAUUCCUGAGAAAGUAUUAUCCGGAAGAUGUCCGUGGUAAGAAGGAAAUUGAGUUCCUUGAGCUGAAGCAAGGAAACAUGUCUGUCACUGAUUAUGCUGCGAAAUUUGUGGAGCUGUCCAAAUUUUAUCCUCAUUACACUGGUGCUGGUGCUGAAUUUUCAAAGUGCAUCAAGUUUGAAAAUGGAUUGCGCUCUGAAAUUAAGAAGGCUGUUGGGUAUCAGAAGAUACGCAUUUUUACUGAUUUGGUUGAUAGCUGCAGGAUAUUUGAAGAAGACAAUAAUGCUCAUUACAAGAUUGUCAGUGAUCGCAGAGGCAAGCAACAUCAAAACCGUGGCAAGCCGUAUGAUGUUCCAGCUGGAAAGGGGAAGCAAAGAGCUGCUCCGGCUCAGAGAGCUAGUGGGGGAGGUGCUCCUGCUGGUAUAGUUUGCUUCAAAUGUGGUCAAGCUGGUCAUAAGAGUAAUGUAUGCACUGCUGAAGUAAAGAGGUGUUUUCGCUGUGGUAAGAUUGGUCAUGCAGUAGCUGAUUGCAAGCACAAAGAAGUGAUUUGUUUUAAUUGUGGCGAAGAAGGGCAUAUUGGAAGUCAGUGUCAGAAGCCGAAGAAAGGGAAUCAGUCAGGAGGCAAGGUCUUUGCUUUAUCGGGUUCUGAG